GGAGAUUGCAAUAACUACUGUAAUAUUCACAUGUGUGUGUGUGUGUGUGUGUGUGUGUGGAGUGAGGUAGGUACACCACACUUGGCAUACCGAUUGCAACGCAAACCCACCUUCACAUUGCCCUUUAUUCCCCCUUCGCCAUCGAAUAAUCCUAUCGAUCCUAACCAAUUACAAUACUCCAAUCCACAGUUCAAACUAUCGAUUCUUAGUAUCCCUAUCCCUCGGACAAAUAUCUCCACUCCCCAACCCCCCUUCCAUCACAUGUUCUACAACUCCCAUAAGUCCAAAAAAAACCCCCGCGUACGAGAAAGCAAAAACAAUGCAUUCGCAACCCGUGAACCUCCGAUACCAGACCCCACUUUCCUACCCGCUCACCCUUCUACACAGACUUCUAGACCUUUCCCGACCCACAACGGGUUCGAGAAAGCCCAGUUUUUUUCUUCUCUUGCUUUCUUGCUUUCUGGGUGCGCAGAUGGAUCUGAGACGGCUUGUGCGCCUCAACAUAUUUCCAAGUUAAGAUAGUAUUGUAUGUCGUAUUGUAAUGGAGAGACGGGAUAGGAUGGGGUUGGGAUUGCAUGUUUGCGGGACACCUGCCACGCAAGCAAGUGUGGGGACAUCGGAGGUCG